UUCUCGAACCCACGAUUUUAUUUUCUAUAAUUUUUUUUCUCUCUCUUGCAUAUCAUUAUUUACUUUCAAGUUCCACCUCCCAGAACCUUCUAGAAACAACAAAACCUAAUUCUCUCUCUCUCUCUCUCUCUCCUAAUCCAACUCUCUCUCUCAGCUCAGCUCAGCUCCUUUGCUGUGGUGUUUGGUUUACCGGAGAACCUAAUUGGUUUUGCUCCGUACUUCCUUGUUUGGUUUGUGAGAAAAGUCUAGCACUUUGUUUCAGCUAAAACCACCUUGUUUUUUUCCAGAUUGAGCCACCACGCCUAGUGAAAACCAGGCUUCUAGUUUUGGGUCUCGGAUCCGUGACCGAAGCCCAUGGGACCAUUACCGGUGGAACAGAGCGGCGAUUCCGGACCUGGACCCGGACCAGGACCCGGAUCCGCAUCCGGAGACUCGCAGAGAUCUAUACCCACACCAUUCCUCACCAAGACUUACCAACUGGUCGACGACCCUGCCGUUGAUGACCUCAUUUCCUGGAACGACGACGGAUCGACCUUCAUAGUUUGGCGUCCCGCUGAGUUCGCUCGCGAUUUGCUCCCUAAGUACUUCAAGCACAACAACUUCUCUAGCUUCGUUCGCCAACUCAACACCUACGGUUUUCGGAAAGUUGUGCCGGAUCGAUGGGAGUUCGCGAACGACUGUUUCAAGAGAGGAGAGAAAGCUCUCCUCCGAGAGAUACAGCGCCGUAAAAUAUCGCCGGCGACUGGAGCAGUAGCGGUUCCGCCAGCAGCGGGGGUGACGGUUGUGGCGGCGGGUCCAGCGGGGGUGCGAACUUUGUCGCCGUCAAACUCGGGAGACGAGCAGGUGAUAUCGUCGAAUUCGUCGCCGGCGGCGGCGGUUCACCGGAGCACGAGCUGCACGACUACGCCGGAGCUCCUGGAGGAGAACGAGCGGUUGAGGAAGGAGAACACGCAGCUGAGUCACGAGUUGACUCAGCUGAGGGGACUCUGCAAUAACAUAUUCGCUAUGAUGACGACCUACGCAUCUGGUCAGUUGGACGUUGGUGGUGGUGUUAACGGUAAUGUUCACGGUAACGGCGUUGCGCUUUCGAUACCUGAAGGGAAGCCUCUGGAUCUUUUGCCGUCGAAGCAGGUAACGGUAACGGAGGAUAUAGACGUUGGCGUUGGCGUUUGUGGUGGGGCCCACAUGGGUGAUGAUGAAGAAGAAGAAGAAGAAGAAGAGAACGAAACGACGCCGCGUCUCUUCGGGUUUCGAAUUGGUGUGAAGCGCGUGAGGAGAAGCGUGGAGGAGGAGGAGGUGGAGUUAGAGGAAGAGAGAGAAGCGCAAAAUGGGGAGAAUAUGGAAAAUUCGCAGGAGAAAGAGUCUGGGUCUGAGGUGAAAUCAGAGCCGUUGGAUCAAAAUGGGAACUCUGAUCAUCGGGACCCUCCUUGGCUGGAGCUUGGAAAAAAAUGAUUAAAACAGUGUUGGUUUCAUUUGAUAGUUGUAAAAUAAACAACACGUGGGAACUGAUCACGUGAUCGAAAAUCGUCACGUGACUGAAUGUUGUAAAGUUAUGUAAGAAGUUCUUCCUUGUGUGGGAAAGAAAAGGUCAUUGUUGCUUAAGCAGCGUGCAAAUUUGAUCCGCAUAUGGUAGGUAAAACCCCGAGGGAGUGGGAGUUGGUAAGAGAGGCCUUUGUUGAAAAGACAAUUAAGGAGGAGAAGUGCACAAAGUGGAGAAAUAAUAAGAAAGGUUUGUCAAAAGUUGGGGGCUGAUUGUGCAAGAGAACAACAAAGACCAGAAUGGAAAAUGAAGAUGAUAAUUUAUGGUUACAAGUGGAAUCAGGAGUGCAAAAAAAAUGCGAACAAUGAGCCGAGUACUACUCUGAUGUAGGAGGAAUUGUAGUUUAGAGUGUUACAUUUUGUUUUGUUGUUAGCUCUUGUUCAGGUACUAAGUGCUUGAGCUUGUUUUAUGAGUCUAGGCUAACACGCCUGGACUUUAAUUUGGUCCAAUGUUGUAUUGUAUGUUAGAAUUCUUAUCCAAUGCUAAUAUUUAAUUGAUAAUCA